CGGCCUGUGACGUAGGUGGGAUGUGGCGGAGGUCUGAGGAGGAGGAGGUGUGAACCUAAAAAACCGGCCCCUGUACCAGGAGACCCAGAUUACCCUGAAAGACUCAUUCUAACACGGAGCAACCCGUCCCCUCUUUCUGCAUCAUGUUCUCCAUAAGCUAUGAGGAGUGUCGGACCACAGCGGAUUGGCUGCUGUCCAGCACGCAGGUGCGGCCCACGGUGGGAAUCGUGUGCGGUUCAGGUAUGGGUGGGCUGGCCAAGAUGCUGAAGGACCCUCAGGUCUUCAAGUACAGUGACAUUCCCAACUUCCCCCAGAGCACAGUGCAUGGUCAUGCUGGCCACCUGGUGUUUGGAACCCUUAAGGGGAAACCGUGUGUUUGCAUGCAGGGCAGGUUCCACCUGUACGAAGGCUACCCGAUCCAGAAGAUCACGCUGCCCAUGCGUGUCUUCAAGUUGAUGGGCGUGGAGACCAUCAUCCUGACCAACGCAGCUGGAGGCCUCAACCAGGACUACAAAGUGGGCGACGUCAUGAUCCUGAAGGACCACAUCAACAUGCCCGGGUUUGCCGAUCAACCCCUGUCUGGACCAAAUGAUGACAGGUUCGGCGUUCGCUUCCCCUGCAUGUCUGACGCCUACGACCGCGAGCUGUGUCAGUUGGCCCACGAUGUGGCAUCAGAGCUGGGCUACAAUGACUUCCUGCGGGAGGGGGUGUACUGCGUCCUGGGAGGUCCCUCCUUCGAAACCAUCGCUGAGUGUCGCAUGCUGCACAAGCUGGGCGCCGACGCUGUGGGGAUGAGCACCGCCCACGAGGUCAUCGUUGCUCGCCAUGCCGGGAUGCGUUGCUUCGCCCUGUCGCUCAUCACCAACCGGGCGGUGAUGGACUACGACAGCCAGGCGAAGGCCAACCACGAAGAAGUCCUGGAGACGGGCAAGCAGAGGGCGGAGCAGCUGGAGAAGCUGGUGUCCACCAUGGUGGCCCGGCUGGAGCACAAUAACAACAACUCCUUCUGAACAUGCGUCUGAGCCCCGCCAGACCUUGUCCCAGGUCUGCUGUCUGGCUUUAGAGAGGGUUUUUAAAGUGCUUGUUAGAACACUAAAAAGAGCCCCGACUGACUGUACUCCUUAAUAGACUUGUUUCUUUGCUUUGUUUCCACUGACUGUUACUUAAAGUCUAGUCUUAAAAUCCUUGAAACUGGUCCACUUUUUCUAUAUAUACACUCUACCGGCAACGUUUACAUUUUUUGAGUACAGAUGAAUAAUGCUACUUAUUUAUUCUCUGACAAAAAUCCUUGCUGUGAUAUAUUAUAUUGUAUUUCGCCGACUGUUUCAGUGAAACGGCAUCGUAUUGUAAUUUCUAAAAUAAUAACUUAAUAAAAGAAAUAUUUAUUGUUCCAGUUCUUUUACACUCCCUGAACUAAUUUGAAUACAGUGAUAUUUACAUUAUUUAAGGUAGAGGGCCAGCUCAUCACGUCAUCAUGAUUUCAUGAGAACAUGGAAAAUGGAAACAAUAAAUUCAUACAGUGCAAAAGAGGUGUAAAAAUGUUCUAAAGUAUUUAUACUAAUUGUAUUUAAGUGGUGUUCUUAUUUGCUUUGAUUAUACAUCAAGAUUUUGAUGACCAGGUGAAGAAAGGGAUUAUAAACUGCAUGGGACCGUUACAGAGUAUGUAGAUUUAAUCUCCUUCUAUGUUUUAUCACUGUGUUAGCAGACUGGGAUUUAGACUGUCUUGUAGAGGGACUUCACUAAAAACUGUACAACAUGUGGAUAUACUUUUACAAUAAAAAAGACUC